AAGUCGGCAUGAUCCAUGAUAAAUAAUGGUGGAGAGUUGCGCACGCGCAUUGUCCCCGGCACAGACGCGAUGGGUACAGCUCUGAAAGCGGCCGCGAUCGCGGUGGCCGCCCUCGCCGUCAUGGGAGGGAUUGCAAUUGGUAUAACAUUCGCGGUACUAUCGACGCAGACGACUGCGCCUGCGCCGCCCGAACUGCUGCCCCUUGACUGGUGGAAGCACUGCGUACUCUACCAGAUCUACCCAAGAUCGUUCAAGGACAGCGAUGGAGACGGUAUUGGUGACUUGAAAGGAAUCAUCAGCGAGUUGGAACAUUUUGUGGACGCCGGUGUCGAUGCGAUUUGGAUGUCGCCGAUCUUCGAAUCUCCCAUGGUUGAUUUCGGAUAUGAUAUCAGCAAUUUUUAUAAAAUUCACUACGAAUAUGGAACUAUGGAAGAUUUUGAGGAAUUACUGAAAAAAGCCCAUGAAUUAGGUAUAAAAGUACUAUUGGAUUUUGUUCCCAAUCACGCGAGCACAGAGUCUGAGUAUUUCAUCAAUUCUGAGAAGAAAGUACCAGGAUAUGAAGACUAUUUCGUGUGGGCUGACUCACCAGGACCAGAUCCCAAUAAUGCCAGUGUUAUGCGUCCACCUUCUAACUGGGUCAGCCAGUUCGGGGGAUCGGCAUGGGAAUGGAGCGAGGCUCGUCAACAGUUCUACCUCCACCAGUUCGCAAUCGAGCAAGCAGACUUCAACUUUAGAAAUCCAGUGGUCAGGCAAGAAAUGUUCAACAUCAUGGAGUUCUGGCUAGACAAGGGUGCUGAUGGAUUCAGGGUGGACGCUCUGCCUUACCUGAUUGAAGCGGACCCCGCCGACCACAACGGUAGCUACCCUGAUGACCCUCUGAGUGGAAUAAUACAUUUCGAACCGCACCAGUUGGGUUACACGAUUCCGCUUUACACCAAAGACCUAAUCGAGCUUUAUGAUAUCGUUUAUGAAUGGAGGGAAUUCGUCGACAAAUACCUUGAGGACCAUCCUGGCGACACUAGAGUACUCUUCUCGGAAGGUUACGCUAACGUGACGAUGACAAUGUUGUACUAUGGGAACGAGGAGGGCGCGGUGGGCGCUCAUUUUCCCUUUAACUUCGACUUUAUCACCGAUUUAUCCGCUAAAUCAAAUGCCAGAGACUUUGUCUACAUCAUUCUCAGGUGGCUGACGUACAUGCCUCACGGUGGUGUUCCCAACUGGGUGUUUGGCAACCACGACAACAACAGGAUGCCAACUCGAUUCCGCCACAACAUGGUGGACGGCUUGAACUCUCUCAAUAUGUUGCUACCGGGAGUGGCAGUGACGUACCAGGGCGAAGAGAUCGGGAUGAGAGACGGCUACGUCAGCUGGGAGGACACUGUCGAUGUAGAGGCCUGCAAUAGAGGAGACGAGGACACCUACCACCUUUACUCCAGAGAUCCAGCCAGAACCCCAUACCACUGGAACAAUGGCACCAACGCCGGAUUCUCAACAGGAGAGAAAACUUGGCUACCCGUCGCUGAUGAUUUCAAAGAAAUCAAUCUAGCGAAACAGAAAGAAGAUACUCGAAGCCAUUACAAGGUGUAUCAAGCAUUGACAGCUCUUCGCAAGGAGAAGACGCUGGCGUACGGCGAGUACGAUAUUAGAGCAUUAUCGGAUCGCACGUUGUACCUAGUGAGGAGCCUGCCCACACACAACACUUACGUGCUAUUGUUCAACGUGGCCGACACAGCUGACACGGUGCGACUGGACCGCGUACCGCAUCUCAAGCUACCGGCCACUAUAUACGUAUCUAGUGUACAUUCAAACAGACUAGCGGGAGCUACUAUAGACGGUGAGCAGGUGACGCUGCAGGCGGGAGAGGCGCUCGUAUUGAAGUCGGAUCCGGUUUGAUUUGCUUCAUUGAUAUUGG